GUCAAGAAGAAGCGCUGCUGCUCCAACGUGUUUUUUUUUUCCAUCCCGCUGCUUGCAUUGCAAUGCAGGUCGUUUUUGUUUUCUGUCUGCUGAACGGGGCUCUAAAUUGUAAUCUUUUAAGAUGAUAUGGAGCUCAACAAACUGAUAUUUCAGAUUUUUACAUAAACAGUUUGUGUGCCUCUUUUGGACUAGGAAUAGAAUAGCAAAAGAGAGUUCCGGUGCUAUCCGUGGUGCUGAAGCCAAGGCGCCUGGAACUACUGGCGUUUUUUCCAUUUUGUUUAUAAUAAUGUGUUCACAACUGAACUGUUGAAAAUGACUCAGAAAAACACGUAUUGUGUGCGCCUUUGUGGACUCUUUGUGUGGGAAGCAGCAGUUCUGCUCAGUUUGGUAGCAUCAAAGGAACCCGAAGGAGCCCGGAGUCGCAGCAUUCCAAUGUCCCCGUCCGAUUUCCUGGACAAGCUUAUGGGAAGGACAUCAGGAUAUGAUGCAAGAAUCAGACCAAACUUUAAAGGUCCUCCUGUGAAUGUGACAUGCAACAUAUUUAUUAACAGCUUUGGUUCAAUUGCAGAAACAACCAUGGAUUACAGAGUGAACAUCUUUCUUCGUCAGCAGUGGAAUGACCCCCGGCUGGCUUAUAGUGAAUAUCCAGAUGACUCUCUAGAUUUGGAUCCCUCGAUGUUAGAUUCUAUCUGGAAACCUGAUUUGUUUUUUGCAAACGAGAAAGGAGCUCAUUUUCAUGAAGUUACCACAGAUAACAAACUUUUAAGAAUAUUUAAAAAUGGAAAUGUUCUUUACUCAAUAAGAUUGACAUUAACACUUUCCUGCCCAAUGAAUCUUAAAAAUUUCCCAAUGGAUGUGCAGACUUGCAUAAUGCAGUUGGAAAGUUUUGGAUAUACAAUGAAUGAUCUCAUUUUUGAAUGGCAAGAUAAUGGGCCAGUUCAGGUUGCGGAAGGGCUUACACUGCCUCAGUUUAUUCUGAAAGAUGAGUCAGAUUUACGAUACUGUACUAAACAUUACAAUACAGGAAAGUUUACAUGCAUAGAAGUGAGAUUUCAUCUUGAGAGACAGAUGGGUUACUAUCUUAUUCAGAUGUACAUCCCUAGUCUACUUAUUGUCAUUCUUUCUUGGGUGUCAUUUUGGAUCAACAUGGAUGCAGCUCCUGCUAGAGUGGCUUUAGGUAUUACAACAGUGCUGACCAUGACUACUCAAAGUUCAGGGUCACGGACAUCUCUCCCAAAGGUGUCUUAUGUCAAAGCCAUUGACAUAUGGAUGGCAGUUUGCUUGCUCUUUGUAUUUUCGGCGCUGUUGGAAUAUGCUGCCGUGAACUUUGUGUCCAGGCAGCAUAAGGAGCUGCUCAGAUUCCACCGCAAAAGAAAGAAGAACAAGGAGGAGGAUGUGAGGGAAAGUCGUCUCAACUUUGCAGCCUAUGGAGUGGGUCAGUGUCUGCAGGGAAAGGAUGGAGUCACCCCAAAGGUGCCCAACAACUCCACCACCACACCAGCAGCAAAAACCCAAGAGGAAAUGAGAAAGCUGUUUAUUGAUCGGGCAAAAAAGAUUGACACUAUAUCCCGUGCUGGCUUCCCAUUAGCCUUCUUGUUUUUUAAUAUUUUUUACUGGGUUCUCUAUAAAAUCCUUUGGCAUGAGGAUGUACACCAGCAAUAGAAGUCAACCGUCCAAGAGAAGACAUUGAGCUAUCUAUGCAAAGCCAAAGGAGACAGGUAUCAAUGAUUUCUAAAUUCCUAAUGCAUAUAAAAAGUUAUUAAUUAUGGCUUUUUCACUGCUUAAAACAAAUGGAUAAUCAGGACUUGUAUACCAAUUCAGUCUAAACUGUGUGUCUUACAGCUUAACUGCCAAUGUUCUCUGAAAUAUAUGUUCACACAUUUUGGUUACGUAGAACAGUAUUAUUCUGAGGGAUAAAAAAAAGUGCAUUAUUGAAACCAUAGUAGUCUUAGUAAGAAACAAUGUAGAAAAACAAUUUAGUUUUCUUAAAUUAACCUAAUUCUUUUUACUAGUUUUGUGAUAGCAGUAGUUUUAUUUCCCUUUGACAAAAUGGUGCAACUUGCAAUUCUGCCCCACAAACAAAACAUUAUGAAAAUGAGUCUUAUUCAUUUAGGUGUUGUUUUAUUAUAACUAUUUUAAAUAGAAACUGUUAGGAUCCCAUUGUGAUCCUAGAGAUUUAGGGACGGAUUAAAUCAAAACUUUGACCCACCCGCUAAUAGCAAACUACAAACCUGUACUUGAUAGCGGUUAUAUUUAUGAGUAGAAGAAAGAAGCAUCUGACAAAAAAUAAAGCCACCACUGAGUACAGGUUUGUAGUUUUCUAUUACCGGGUGGGUCAAAGUUUUGAUUUAAUCCCAGCCUUAGUAUUGUUAGUCCACCAUUGCGAUGCACAAAUUUUAAUUUCUGAAUUUAACAAUGGGGUUGUAUUUCGACUAGGGAUCAUACACACUAAUGUGUUUGUAAAUAUUUGACCAAUAAAAUGCUAGACACCAGUAUUAUUUUAACAUGCUGAUCACGAUGAUGAUAAAUACCAUCAAGUAUUAUUCCAGUGCACUGUUCACCGAAUAAGAUGAUAAAGCCGGAACUACAUUGUCUUCAUGUUUGAGUCCUUACAUAAAAAUAAGCUAACAUGAAUUAUUAUUUGUGGCUUCUGCUCACACCCCUCACCAUGUCACCCCUUUAAAAUCCCUGAUUUCUCUGUGUAAAAAUACAUAAUUAAUUAAAUGACGGCUGUAUUGAGAUCCUCAACAGUUUAGAUCAAUAGAAUAGACAUGGAAAAAAUCAAAUGUUGCUAUUGUGCUCUCACAUCUCAUUCUUGCAAUUACAGUGCUGUUACUAAGGCUUUAAAUGUUUUAACAGUACAUGAAAAUAAAAAUCCUAAAUGUCAUAGUAUAUUAUUAAAUGUUUAACCAAAAAUGUACUGUUUGAUGCAUUGGUUAAUCAUUGGUUAAUCAUUUAUACAGUAGUAUGUUGGUGUGUUCUAAACCACUGCAGUUUGAGGUUGUAUGUGAAAAAUGUAAAAUAAAUACAAAAGUAAAAUUUAAAGAUUCCUAUAAAUACUAGAGCAACUCUAGUUUUUCAUUGAAUACAGUUUGAAUGGUGAACAACCAUUUACACGUUUAAUCUCUUACACAUAGAUGUAAGUCCUUGAAUGUUUACCAAAACAAAGUUAGCACGGGCUUUAGUCAGUUUAGCUACAAAUACUGUAAUCCAACACAUGCCAGUAGUAGAGAAUUACAAAUCAUGAGGUUUUGUAUUCCAGAGGGGUGGCAUUGAAAGUUAUUACAGCCACAGUAAGCCACACGUGAUAAACAGCCUGCAUGUAAAUACAUAAUGUAAAACUAGAAUAUAUUGGUGCCUAAUUGUUUGUGAAUUUGAAAUGCCACUAUUAUUAAAAUGGAAGGGCAACAACCCUUUUAAAUGUUUACUGUGGUACACUAUGGUAAAAGUGAUGUAAAGUAUAGUAAAAUAAAAGAGAAAGCAUGGUAAAACACAGGGAAGCAUGGGUAAACAAACAUAUGUAUUGUAAAAGCUGUGGUUAACCGUGGCAAAGCACAGUAAAUGUGUAGUAUAAGCAUGGGAAAAGCAUAAGAAACUUUAAAAUGACUACCAGUAUGCUACAGUAAAUUCAGAACAAAAAAGAAAUAUCUGUACUUACACAUGAAAACUAAGAAUGGUUUCUGCAAAGCAGUGGAAAGCAAUACAAGUUUAGCACUGCAAGAGUACUUUAUUUUAUUUUAUGUACAGCAGUACAUUGCAUUAAACAUUUAUUUUAUGUCAUAUUUAAUUAUUUGUUUUGUAUGCAUUUUUUUUCAGUGUUAUGUGUCAUGUCUGUUUAACUACCUCCUCACCUAAUGUCAAUGCAUUUUCAUUUUAUCACCUCUUUCAGUUCCAUCUUCCCUAAUGUCUGUGUCAAGAGUGUGUGUUAAAACUGCUCCACUUGGCUGUGACCUUUCUCAUGUGGGAUUCCUUAAAAUUCAAGUUUAUUUACUCUAACCUUCAUUAAAUUCCACUGUUCAUGUCGCUUAGUAACUUCUUUUAUCACCAUAGCCUCACUUCAAUUGGAAUAUUUAUAUUAAUGUGUCAGUGUUAAUUCUUUAUACCAAUUCACACAAAAAAAAUGUAAUUAGGCUUUUACAAACCUUUUUG